UCGGUACUGCGCAUGUCAAAUACAUCGCGUCGAAAAAGAAAACAAGAACAAUGGAAAUUACCACCGGUCGAUUUUAACUCGCAACUAGCGUUGAAUCAGUUUAUAUCCGUGGAUUAUAUGUGUAAAACAUGACGGGGACUAUAAUUGAAAACUUAAGUGGGCGUAAACUCGCCAUUUUAGUGAGUUUUCUUUUGUUUUGUCAAGUAACAUGUUUCUUAAUCGGUGGGUUGGUCGCACCCAUGCCCGCAAACACUCAAAAUAUACUUGGAACCGUGUGCCGUGAUAUGUCCAUUGUGAAAAAUGACACGACUAAGUGGUAUUACAACCGUGGGAAGGGCUCUUGCAAGACCGUCGACCUUGGUGAAACGCAUCACGAUUUAUCGGAGACCGACAUAGUUUUCGCUUUUCAAAUGCCGGUUCCCCGAGAGAGCAAGAUUCUAGACUAUUCGCGGUGGCAACAAAACCUGAUCGGAGUGCUGCAGGUGGAUAUAAAGUACCACUCGCAGAUCGAGGUGCAGCCACGCAGCACGAUUACAAUCGACGCCCGCUUGGCGUACCGAAAUAAAGGCGACCCCGAAGAUCAAUGGAAGUUGUACACACAAUCUGUCGAAAAGCGUCAUUUGGACUGUGAUAUUGAUGUGAAAAGUGAGGAAUAUCUGUACAACUGCUCGGCAAUACCAUUGUUUGAGUUAGGUUCUUUGUUCCAUGACUAUUAUCUGCUCAAUGUUAGACUGCCUGUGGAGACGCCGACAAUGAACUCGCAUAUAGGGCACAUACAAGACAUGUGGUUGACUGUGAUCAACCAAAACGGGGGUUUUACUAAAGUAUGGCUGUCUUUAAAAACUGUAUUUUUCCCUUGCAUCAUAGGUAUACUUGUAUGGUUCUGGAGGCGCAUUCAUAUGCUGCAACGGAAGCCUGUGUUAUUGGAGAAAAUGCUGCUAGCUUUGGGAUUAGCUCUCUGUCUUCUAAACAUGCCUAUUGAGUACCUGACUCUGCAUUUUGACUUGCCAUUUAUGUUAUUGUUAGGAGAUAUCCGUCAAGGGUUGUUCUAUGCUACACUAUUUUCAUUCUGGCUCAUAUUUGCUGGGGAGCAUAUGUUGAUUCAAGAUGCCUCAGCACAAAGCUCUGUGAAGCAGUACUGGAGGCAUCUGAGUGCUGUCGCUAUGGGAUGCAUCUCUCUAUUCAUAUUUGACAUGUGCGAGAGAGGUGUACAACUCCGUAACCCAUUCUAUUCUAUCUGGGUGACAGAUAUAGGCACUAAUCUGGCUCUGACUUUCAUUAUACUGGCUGGAAUAUCAACUGGAGUCUAUUUUCUAUUCCUAUGCUACAUGAUCUGGCAGGUGUUUAUAAACAUUUCGCAGAAGAGGCAGUCUUUGCCUACAAUGUGCUCAGUCCGUCGCCUACACUAUGAGGGAAUCAUCUAUCGCUUCAAGUUUCUCAUGUUGGCUACCCUGCUCUGUGCUGCAUUGACUGUAAUUGGUUUCAUACUCGGACAAGUUGCUGAAGGCCAGUGGAAGUGGGAUGAGAACAUUGAGCUUGAAUACACUUCAGCAUUCUUCACUGGAGUGUAUGGUAUGUGGAAUAUCUACAUCUUUGCACUUUUGGUGCUGUAUGCCCCGAGUCACAAACGUUGGCCAGUCGUUGAGAACACUUCGGACACACAGAAUUUGAGCGAGGAGAUGGAAUUCAGCCCUCUUCCUAGCGAGAGGGGAAGUAGUGAGAUUUCUUCUCUUACAUCCUUCAUUAGGAAGACUACCAUUGACUAAAUGUGCCAAUUCUUAAUUAACAUGACAUAGUUUUAAGGUCUGUUCUUCCAUCUUUUUGAUGAAUUUUAGAUUCCAUGUGUUGGAAAUAAAACUUGGCCCAAUCUUGGCCAUAAACUGUUCUAAAUCUUGCCUAAACUUUUAUAUUUGGGCCAAAUGUUUGCCCCAAGAGAUUAGAAGGCUCGCAAGACGCGGUUACGUAAUCGCUCGUUGAAGUUGGCUUAUAAAAUACAGAUUUACGAUAAUUAUGGUCAUAAAUUGUCAUAUUAGUCAGUCCGGCGAUCGUAAAAUGGGCAGUCAGGUUUCCCGUAGGCGUUAAUUAGACAUAGGUUGAGAGAUCCUCUCAAUAUAGGCAACAGACAUACUUAUGGACCGGGCUUAGUCUCGCCGAACAAUUUUUUACUCGAAUAUUUAACCGGAAGUGUAGUCGGUAUUUAUUUAGUCUUAUCGCUCGCACGUAGGCGUCUAGUUGAGCAGUAACCAUUAGAAUUAAGAAAUAUUUAAAGACUUAAUACUUGUUCUCACUGAUAUUUUUAGUUUUAAGAUGAAUUUACUUAUUUUUGAAUUUUUGCAUGAAUUUUUUUGAACUGAUUAUAUUAUUUUUCUUCUACAUUCUUUCAAAUUGUAACGAUAUGUAUGAGUUAUGUGUUUCUUAGAAUCUACUAAGGCAGCUUAAGAUUGUAUCGAGUCACUCUAAAAAUAUAUUUUUUGACCAUAAAACAGGUAGUUUGACCUUGAUUCUUUCCUGUUUCAUUUUGACCUUCCAAAAAGUAUUUUUUAGUAUGUAACUUAAAUUCUGUGAUUUUUAUUUUGCAUUUUAAAACAGUAUUGCUAGUUUAUAAUAGUUUUUUAACGAUAUUGCCAGCUACUUAAUAAUUUAAUCUAAUGUAAGUGUUAAUGUGAAAUCAAUUUUGUAAUCUGUAGUUAAUAUUUGUACCCGUAUAAUAAAUUGUAUUAAAAAUA